GCGGCCAGGGCAGGUGGGCCGCGAGGGCGCGGGGGGCCGCGCGCCAUGCCCUGGGCCCCGACGGCGCGGACGCCCCCUUGCGCGCGGGAGGCCGGCGGGGCGCGCGAGCCCGGGGUGGGCGCUGCCCCGCGACGGCUACACUAGGGGGCGCGGGGCCCGGCGGGGGGCGGCCGAGCUGGGCGCCCUCCCCCGGCGCUGAGCCCCCGCGCCCCGGAGGGAUGGGGCCGGCGGCCGCAGCCGCCUAAGAUGCCGGCCAUGCGGGGACUCCUGGCGCCGCAGAACACCUUCCUGGACACCAUCGCCACGCGCUUCGACGGCACCCACAGUAACUUCGUCUUGGGCAACGCCCAAGUGGUGGGGCUCUUCCCCGUGGUCUACUGCUCUGAUGGCUUCUGCGACCUCACGGGUUUCUCCCGGGCUGAGGUCAUGCAGCGGGGCUGCGCCUGCUCCUUCCUCUAUGGGCCUGACACCAGCGAGCUGGUCCGGCAGCAGAUCCGCAAGGCCCUGGAUGAGCACAAGGAGUUCAAGGCCGAGCUGAUUCUAUACCGGAAGAGUGGGCUCCCAUUCUGGUGUCUCCUGGAUGUGAUACCCAUAAAGAAUGAGAAGGGUGAAGUGGCCCUCUUCCUGGUCUCGCACAAAGACAUCAGUGACACCAAGACCCGAGGGGGCCCUGACAAAUGGAAGGAGACAGGCGGUGGCCGGCGCCGAUAUGGCCGGACAGGAUCCAAAGGUUUUAACGCUAACCGGCGGCGGAGCCGGGCUGUGCUCUAUCAUCUGUCCGGGCACCUGCAGAAGCAGCCCAAGGGCAAGCACAAGCUCAAUAAGGGGGUGUUUGGGGAGAAACCAAACUUGCCUGAGUACAAAGUCGCUGCCAUUCGAAAGUCACCCUUCAUCCUGCUGCACUGUGGAGCUCUGAGGGCCACUUGGGACGGCUUCAUCCUGCUUGCCACCCUCUAUGUGGCCGUCACUGUGCCCUACAGUGUCUGCGUGAGCACGGCCCGGGAGCCCAGCGCCGCCCGAGGCCCCCCCAGCGUCUGUGACCUGGCUGUGGAGGUGCUCUUCAUUCUUGACAUCGUGCUGAAUUUCCGCACCACUUUCGUGUCCAAAUCGGGGCAAGUGGUGUUUGCCCCCAAGUCCAUCUGCCUCCACUAUGUCACCACCUGGUUCCUGCUGGAUGUCAUCGCCGCGCUGCCCUUUGACCUGCUGCACGCCUUCAAGGUUAACGUGUACUUCGGCGCCCACCUGCUGAAGACAGUGCGGCUGCUGCGGCUGCUGCGGCUGCUGCCCCGGCUGGACCGCUACUCCCAGUACAGCGCCGUGGUGCUCACCCUGCUCAUGGCCGUGUUCGCCCUGCUCGCCCACUGGGUGGCCUGCAUCUGGUUCUACAUCGGCCAGCGGGAGAUCGAGAGCAGCGAGUCAGAGCUGCCCGAGAUUGGCUGGCUGCAGGAGCUGGCCCGCCGGCUGGAGACCCCCUACUACCUGGUGGGCCGGAGCCCAGCUGUGGGGAACAGCUCUGGCCAGGGCGAUAACUGCAACAGCAGCGGCAGCAGCAGUGAGACCAACAGCACAGGGCUAGAGCUCCUGGGAGGCCCAUCGCUGCGCAGCGCCUACAUUACCUCGCUGUACUUCGCACUCAGCAGCCUCACCAGCGUGGGCUUUGGCAAUGUGUCCGCCAACACGGACACUGAGAAGAUCUUCUCCAUCUGCACUAUGCUCAUAGGAGCCCUGAUGCACGCAGUGGUGUUCGGGAAUGUGACAGCCAUCAUCCAGCGCAUGUACGCCCGCCGCUUUCUGUACCACAGCCGCACCCGCGACCUGCGGGACUAUGUCCGCAUUCACCGCAUCCCCAAGCCCCUCAAGCAGCGCAUGCUCGAGUACUUCCAGGCCACCUGGGCCGUGAACAACGGCAUCGACACCACUGAGCUACUGCAGAGCCUCCCAGACGAGCUGCGCGCCGACAUCGCCAUGCACCUGCACAAGGAGGUCCUGCAGCUGCCGCUGUUUGAGGCUGCCAGCCGCGGCUGCCUGCGGGCACUGUCCCUGGCCCUGCGGCCUGCCUUCUGCACGCCCGGCGAGUACCUCAUUCACCAGGGUGACGCGUUGCAGGCCCUCUACUUUGUCUGCUCCGGCUCCAUGGAGGUGCUCAAGGGUGGCACUGUACUCGCCAUCCUAGGGAAGGGCGACCUGAUCGGCUGUGAGCUGCCCCGGCGCGAGCAGGUGGUCAAGGCCAACGCAGAUGUGAAGGGGCUGACCUACUGUGUCCUGCAGUGUCUGCAGCUGGCUGGGCUGCACGAAAGCCUUGCACUGUACCCCGAGUUUGCCCCUCGCUUCAGCCGGGGCCUCCGAGGGGAGCUCAGCUACAACCUGGGUGCUGGCCACGCAGAGGCAGACACCAGCUCCCUGAGUGGUGACAACACUCUCAUGUCCACACUGGAGGAGAAGGAGACAGACGGGGAGCAGGGCCCCACAGCCUCACCAGCCCCAGCCGACGAGCCCUCUAGCCCCUUGCUGUCCCCUGGCUGCACCUCCUCCUCAUCUGCUGCCAAGCUUCUGUCCCCACGGCGCAUGGCACCCCGGCCCCGUCUUGGUAGCAGAGGGCGGCCUGGCAGGGCAGGGGCCUUGAAGGCUGAGGCUGGGCCCCCUGCUCACCCACGGAGCUUAGAGGGACUGCGGCUGCCCCCCGUGUCAUGGAACAUGCCCCCGGACCUGAGCCCCAGGGUAGUGGAUGGCAUUGAGGACGGCUGUGGCUCCGACCAACCCAAGUUCUCUUUCCGAGUGGGACAGUCUGGUCUGGAAUGUAGCAGCAGCCCUUCCCCUGGACCAGAAAACAGCCUGCUCACUGUCCCCCUGGGGCCAAGUGAGGCGAGGAACACAGACACACUGGACACAUUGGACAAGCUCCGGCAGGCGGUGGUCGAGCUGUCUGAGCAGGUGCUGCAGAUGCGGGAGGGGCUGCAGUCACUUCGCCACGCUGUGCAGCUGGUGCUGGCACCCCAUGGAGAAGGCCGGUGUCCUAGGGCUUCAGGUGAGGGGCCGUGCCCAGCUGGCACCUCUGGGCUGCUGCAGCCUCUGUGUGUUGACACGGGGGCACCCUCCUAUAGCCUGCAGCCCCCCACUGGCUCCGUUUUGAGUGGGACUUGGCCCCACCCUCGUCCAGGCCCUCCUCCUCUUGUAGCACCUUGGCCCUGGGGCCCCCCAGCAUCUCAGAGUUCCCCCUGGCCUCGAGCCACAACUUUCUGGACCUCCACUUCUGACUCAGAGCCCCCUGGCUCCGGAGACCUUGGCCCUGAACCCUGCACACCUGGCUCUCCACCUGCUGAGGAAGGGGCAAGGACUGGGCUCCCAGAGCCCACGGACCAGGCUGAGGCAGCCAGCACUGGAGAGCCCCCACCAGGCCCAGGGGGCCUGGCCCUGCCCUGGGAACCCCAUAGCCUGGAGAUGGUGCUCAUUGGUUGCCAUGGCUCUGGCACGGUCCAGUGGACCCAGGAGGAAGGCACAGGGGUCUGACUGCCAGCCCCAGAACUCAGUGUUGCCUGACAUGCUGCCAUCUGCUGCUCUGCCCAAGCUCAGGGUGGAAUAAGGGCAGCAGCCUCCAGGACUCCCUGCUGCCCGCUGGCUCAGGGCAGGGAGCCUGUACAUGGCAGGCCUGGCCCCCGAUGUGGAGGUGGAAGGUGGGCUGGAGCCUCAGGGCAGGCCCUAGGCUAGGAACCCUUAGGCCCUUCCACUGGGGUCCCUGCUCAGCCUGCUCCUCUGACCAUCCUGUCUCUCUCUGCAGGCUGGGGGCAGAGGCCUGAGGCCAAGGAGGGCUUCUGCCACCCCCUGCAUGUGCCCCACCUGGCCUCCCCAUUUUAUAUAAUAAAAGAAACUGCUUUGGAA